AUGGCUCAUAGUAUCGACCAACCGCUUUUGCUAGAUAUACACCAGUGGAAAGAGACUGGCGACUUGCUUGAAAAAGCAAUGAGCAGGUAUAUAGAGCUGAGCAUCUCACUCAAAGACAGCCUUUGGCCAAAGAAAGCAACCCCCAAGGAGUUAACCACACAGAUCGGCUAUGCACUCGAGCAGAUACAAGAUAGUUUCUUUCCAAAGAUCUUUCGUAUUCGCAGCACCCUGGCCCAAAUUAGAAAUAGCAUUACCUGCCCCACAUGUGCUUUGCCCCGCGAAGUCCUAUCUGAAAUUUUCGCAAACGUUGUCUUUGACUUUUCAUAUUAUUCUCCUGUGUCCGAAUCCUUGAAGACAAAGGUGUUUAGAAUCUACCGCGCGAUCUACAACCUGAUCGGAGUCUGUACCGAGUGGAGGGACGUUGUAUUAAAUAAUGGCUCAUUCUGGUCAAUCAUUCCUAUCUUUGGCUCUCCGUCUUACGACCUUCUGGGCGAGAAUCCGAACCCUGUUCCAACACACAUGCUUGAAAGAUCCAAGGGGAACUUGUAUCUUGUGGCUACUCAGCUUUGCAAUCCAAUAUCUGAGCCUGUCUUAUCCGAGCUAGUUCCGAGAUUUCGUGCUGUGAAUAUUUCCACAACAAGUCUAUCUACAGUCCGGAACAUUCUGAGUGCAUUCUUAGUCACCAAUUUGUCUGCACAUCUGGGACUAUCUGAGAUAUCGAUAUACAAGGACCAGCGCGAUUCGUAUUACGAAUCCCUCCCACAAGAAAAUAACAACGUCUUCUCACCAGGCUCGACAGAGCACAACUCAUUCACACAUCUUAUUUCUUCUCUCUCUGCAAUACGAAUUCGCGGAACCCAGUUGUGCUGGCACACAUUUAACUACUCGCACCGGCUGACCGAACUCCACCUUCAAGAAGUCCUGUUCGGCUACGACGAGGCGGUGGCAAACUUUCUUGGUACACUCUCUUCAGCGAGUCAGCUACGAGUCCUGAAGUUCAUUUCCGUCAGAAGUUUUUACGAUGGUCCACUUGGCGAUAAAAUGCCAAAAAUCCAGCUUCCGAGUCUACAAAUCCUUCUCGCUGACGAUUUAUACUUCAACACUCUCGAUACCUUCUUAUCUUCUAUUACUUCUCGCUCUCAUCGCUUGAGACUACUCCUGAGUGGAAGAAGCCUGUACCUUCGAUUUUGUCGGGGCACUCGUGAGCGCGAAGAAAUUAGCUGGGAGACUCUUUGCGAAUUAAUGAGAAACGUGCUCGUUAAGGACCUUUUGAUCACCGGAGAUGGCAUUGACCCUUGGCCGUCUUCGUCCCCCAAGUCGCUGGGAGAAUUGAUCAAGUCGGUGGUUCCAGGUUUAGAGACACUAUGGAUGAACUCGUGGAAUUUUGAUGCUGCUUAUUGCAAUGUUCUGACGCAUAGCUCACUCUCCCAAGGCUCACUGGUCGCCAGCAUUGCUAAUCUUUACAUAACGCGCGCCAAGGUUUUUAGUUCGGAAGCCAUUGUAGAUAUGGUGACCAGUCACCUGAAGUCAAUUCGACAACUAGAACUUGGACUGGCUGUGCAGGGUGAUGGAGAGGAGCGAUGGACCCCAGUUGAAGGAGAUCAUCCUCUCGCGAAGGCUUUUAAAGACAUCAUACCUGAUUGUCGCAUUACAAAUUAUCAAGCUUAUCCAGUAGAGUUUGAAGACGCCCCCUGGGAAUUAUGGUAA